AUGUCGAUUCAUUUCUCCCGCAUAUUUGCUUUGGAAUUACUCGAAAACGGGGGUGAAAAUCCCGGCGUGUCUAAGAUAUAUUUUGGUGGUGGACCUUACAGUUAUAUCAACUGGGUUCAGAAUGAUUUCAUGGUUAGAGAUUUAACUUACACCCCACUCUUGAUUAACCCCAAAAGAAGGGAUGAAUAUUUCGUCGAUUUAAGAUCGAUCAAAGUACAUGGUUUUACUGUACCAAUAAACAAAAAGUUGUUGUCCAUCAACAAGAAAACUGGCAUUGGAGGAACGAAAGUCGACAUUCUAAUUCCCUAUACUACUUUGGAGACAUCAAUCUACAAGGCCUUUAUUCAGACUCAUUUUGAAUGGGCUGGCAAAUGGAACAUUCAGAAUGGCAUAUGGAUGGAUCAUCCAGUGAACAUUUCGAGAGUUGCUCCGGUUUCCCCUUUUACCGCGUGUUACAACUCAUCCACCCUGCCUCGUGUGUCGGCUUUUUCCGGUGAUUACUUAUCUGGAGCAAGUGUGGCUCUCAUCUUUCCAAAGAGUGUAUGGAACAUUUCUUUGUUUGAUCUGGUCAGAGUUAAUGAAGGCGUCGACUGUGUGGGAGUUCUUGAUGGAGGUUCAAAUCCCACGACUUCUAUCGUUAUUGGUGCACGUCAGAUAUCUUUCCUGGAGUUCGAUAUUUCAAGGUCGAGAUUAGGAUUCGUGGAACCAAAUCUUCAUGAAUCCUCGUUCUGA